UCCCGCCAUCCUCCGGUGAAAUAGUUACGUGAUGACGUAAGCGGUCCGUCACUGCAGACGCAGGCUAGAUGCAGUCAGAGGGUCCCAGGGUUCUGCUGGUGGAACCGUUCUACGGCGGCUCUCACAAGCAGCUGAUCGACCUGCUUCAGCAGAACAUCAGCGGCUGCUCCGUCUUCACGCUGCCCGCCAAGAAAUGGCACUGGAGGGCCCGAACGGCAGCGCUGCACUUCAGCCAGACCCUCCCCACCUGCCCCUCACACAGAGUCCUGUUCAGCAGUUCAGUCCUAAACCUGUGUGAGCUGGUGGCCCUCAGGCCAGAUCUGGCUCACCUAAAGAAGGUUCUGUACUUCCACGAGAACCAGCUGGUUUAUCCGGUCCGCAAAGACCAGGAGAGAGACUUCCAGUACGGAUACAACCAGGUCCUCUCAUGCCUGGUGUCGGACGUGGUGGUGUUUAACUCCGUCUUCAACAUGGACUCCUUCCUCUCCUCCAUCUCCUCCUUCAUGAAGAAGAUACCAGACCACCGACCCAAAGACCUGGACCAGCUGAUCCGGCCAAAGUGCCUGGUUCUGUACUACCCGAUCCAGUUCCCUGACGUCAGCAGGCCAAAGGUCGAGUAUAAAGUCGUCAGCAGCCCGGAAGAGAUGCCUGAUGAAGCUCAGAUUGGGAGUGGAGAGUUUCCAUCAUUGGGGAACCAGCAGGAGGAUCCACACGAGUCCAGAACAGACCAGAGACCAGUUAGUAAGAGGGACCCUGGAGACCAGAUGAAACCUCUUCACAUUGUGUGGCCUCACAGGUGGGAACACGAUAAAAAUCCUGAACUGUUUUUCUCCACUUUGAUGAAACUGAAAGAAAAAGAAGUUGACUUUAAUCUGUCGGUGCUCGGAGAGAACUUCAGUGAAGUCCCAGGGAUCUUCUCAGAGGCCAGACUCCGACUGGACCCUCACAUCCUGAACUGGGGGUUCCUGCCCAGAGGAGCUUACCUGGAGGUUCUGCUCCAGGCCGACGUAGUCGUCUCCACCGCAAGCCAUGAGUUCUUUGGAGUCGCCAUGCUGGAAGCCGUCCACUGUGGUUGUUAUCCACUGUGUCCCAAGGCCUUAGUCUACCCAGAGAUAUUUCCAGCAGAGUACCUGUACUCCACACCUGAGCAGCUGUUUAAACAGCUGCAGCGACUCUGCAGAAGGCCAGACAUCGUCCGAAGACACGUCGUCAAGGUAGACACCUCCUCCUACUCCUGGACGUCCCUGAAGGGGCACUAUGAGGCUCUGCUGUCAACCAGGUGUCCCUGAACACACUGCUCGGCCUCCAUUAGCUCUGGAUGGCUCUGGCCUGUCGCUGGAACAUUUCAACCAAAAUAUGUCAUCUACUUGUCUUAAGUCCAAUAAAGUCAUCAGUCAAACAAGAGCAGACGUUUUAUGAAACCCAACUGCAACUAUAAGAAAUACUCGCCGACAUUCAGAAGUAAUAACUUUAGGUUUGUUAAAACAGCACAAAGACAGAAAGCGGAUCAUUGGUCAGUCUGACUCUCGCUGCUUGAAGAUGUCCGAGCCACUGGCCUUCAGUCAGUGAUUCAGCCCCUGUAGCCAAGGAGAAAACUAACCACUCUGUGAUAACAACUUACCUCAGGCCAGAGGAUGAAGUAAGUUCAGACUGUUGAUCCAGAGAGACAGAAGCUGACACACAACUGAGGAGGGCGGGCUGGAUCAGGACCCAGCAGGUUACUGGUCUAUCAAAGACAUUCUGCUCCUGCACAGACACUGGUGAUAUUGAGUGACAGUCUGGAACCACUAAAGCCAGUCUCUGCCACUCAUUCCCAUCGUUCCAGUCCUGCUGCUUGAGACAUCUGAUGGAUGAAUCUUCAAAUGAGCCCUCUGGUUGGAGCAGGACACAAGAUCCAGACCUGGUUCUCACCGGAUCCUCUUGGAAGAACGGUCCGUCAGAGACUUUUCGAUCAGUGAGACUCUGGUCCUUCACAGAGACUCUGGAACCACUGAAGCCAGUCUAAGUGCCUCUCAUUACAUUGUUCCUAGUCCUGCUACUUGAUACAUCUGGUGGAGGAACUACAAAACCACCAAAGACCCAAAGCCCAAGAGACUACAGAGAGAAUUAUGUACAUAUAGAGUAUACAUGUAUAUGGAAGUAUGUGUAUACUUGUGCUUGUGUAGUCAGAUUCCUCGCAAUUAGGGAUCAGUGUUUUCUUUAAAUUCUGAUCUGUUUCGAUGAUGUAGUAAAUGUCUGGUUAUUUGCUAAGAAAUGUAUCUAUUAUCCAAACAAGAAAUAAUACAUCAUUAGCAGGCUCACUUUACUUCGUAUUAAUCCUUUACUCAUGUAUGUGUGUAUGUACAUGAAUCUGAAUGGAGCUGAAUUUAAAGUAUUCCACAUAAAAGCCUCUAAAUGGAUCACUUAUGUGUCUGGAGGGCUUUGGGUAAUAAGGUCAGCAUCACUACGGAUCCGUCACCUCGGAGGACGCAGACGGGUAACAGAACCUGAUGGCCGACAUCUUGGCCUGCCAAAUGUCAUCCUGGGCCUGAAUAUUGCUCCACCUCAUUAGCCUCCGUCCUGACGCUCAUACGCCCUGGCACGUUAUUACGAAUAAUUAUCAUUAUUAUCGGAACAGGAAGUGUCCCAAAGGAAAGAACCUGACAACAUGAAGUGGGUUAAAGAAAAUAACCAGAGAACAGGAAGUGGGUCAAAGGAAAGAGGUUAGAGAACAUGUCGAAAAGAAAAUUACUCUGGGAACAGGUGUCUAAGGAUCAGGACUCUACCGUGUGGUUUACCGCGUGGACGAUUAGCACUCUAGCGUGUAGUGCCAGGAGUCUCGCAGCCUGCAGGGUGCUUAAUGUGAAGCUGAAGAUGCCAAUGAUAAUGAAUUAGCAUUUAUUUUCCUGAGCGGUGGGGGCAUUCCAAGAUCUGGGAGCUGGACCAUGAUGCCUCCCUCCUCGCCUGCAAGGCACCUGCUAAUUGGGUCAGGAUCAUCGACUCGAUGAAGAUGUUGGGACAGAUAACAAAUGAGGAGAAUGAAGCCACAGCGGCCACAGAUGACUUCAGAUCAGCAGACGGAUCAGAGCUGUGAUUUACUAUGUUCACCGCACACCUAAAUGCAUCCAGUCCUAAUGCUGAUCUAACGGUUUCCAAGGAGGAUCUAAAUAAAACAUUUAUUUAAAUACAUAUACAUUUCUAUAAAUGCUAAGGGGGACUCACACAGACCCUUUGAGAGGGCGGCAGUUCAGUGAGAGGACAGCUUAGAGAAGGAAGGGGACAGUUCCUAUUGUACAGUAUUGAAGAUUAGUGACUGUUCAGAGACCGGACAGUUUUAGAGACAUGGCAGUUAAGAGAGGGGACUGUUUAGUAAAGUGAGGGGUUCAGAGAGGGGACACUUUACAAAUUAAGACAAAUUAAAUCUAAUUUUACUUCUCGUAUCCACUCGGAUGGUUUCUCUUUACAGCAUCAGAUGAUGCAAGGAGAAGGUUUCUCUCGACAGCAGCAGGAUGUCCCUCCUCAUCUCUCUUCAUCACUCACACUUCAUCACAGAGUGAGUUUCUCCAAUCUCAAAGAAGCGCUACAGAUUAAAAGUGGAAUUACAACAUAAUCUUUAAUAAUCCAGGCAGAGUUAUUCUGAGGUUCUGACACUCUGUCAAUCAACCAGAUUAAUCUUCAAAUUAGCACGAGAACGCUGUGUGAAGACGAUUAGACUCAGAGAGCUGUGAUUAAACACGUCUACCAUCAGGUCCUCACAGGAAGUCACUGGGAAAAUUCCUCAGAUUCCCUCCACAGACCUCAGGUCAGAUUCCUCCACAGACAGACUGGAGGACUCUGUGUGACUAACAUGAUGCCGACAGUUGAACAAUAGAAGUGAGAUCUGAGCAGCUGGAGAGGUUGCUGAUGGUAUUUACACAACCCCUGUGUUUUGUGCGUCACCUCCUCAUCAUCCCUCCUGAACCUGGUCUCAGUGGAAACUUUGUGGCCUCUGUGAGUCCUGACCUGCCAACGCAAACAGAAUUGGAGCGGCUGCAGGUCAGCGUUAGCUACCUGCAGACCUGAGAUCAGGGCACAGCUUCCCCUCAGACGCCUCUCAGGGCUCAGCAGAGCUGUGGAUACAAAUUUACGUGGAAACACGGGAGACACCUGAUCAUUGUUUUCAUUCCAAUCAUCACAACUAUCAGACUAACUAGAAGAAAAAUAUUCCUGUGUCACCAAUUAUCAGUCUUUCUAGUUUUUGUCAAUGAACUCUCCUGUCAUUCCAGUUCCUGUCAUCAACACAAGAUCAUCUCUCAUUCCCUUCACCUGGUCCUCAUGCCCUUCCCACCUGCGGCACAUUCCCUCAUUAGUCCCUCACUAUUUUUUGUACCCACACUUGCCCUCUGCCAGAUGGUCUUGUGUGUUGCUGCCAAGCUCAGAAGCUUGAGUUUAUUCCUGAUCUGUUCUGUGUUUGCCUGACUACUCGACCUAGGCUUUUUGCGGGCCCCCUUUUUGAAUUUGUUUGCCCGUUGGACUGAUAUCCCGGUUUUGAC